GUUGCCCCGGCGGCGUUGGCCGACCUGCUGCCGGGACUAAAGCUGGCCCCACGACUGUGGGGCCUGCGGGCAGCUGGACCGACACGAUGUGGCGGCUCCGCUGCAAAGCCAAGGAUGGCACCCAUGUUUUGCAGGGGUUGUCUAGCCGGACCCGAGUGCGGGAACUCCAGAGUCAAAUUGCCGCCAUCACCGGGAUCGCCCCCGGCUGUCAGCGAAUCCUCGUCGGAUACCCGCCCGAAUGCCUGGACCUCAGCAACGAGGAUACCAUUCUUGGGGAUUUGCCCAUCCAGUCAGGCCAGCUUGGGACAUUCUCCACUUCCCUUCGCUUCCCCUCUGGGAGCCCCUUUCACCGCCCCCCGCACCUUGCUUCGGGCGAUGCCCCAGAGCGAGCUGUGGCCGGCGGGGCCUGGCUCAGAACCCGUGACCCGCGUCAGCAGCUGUGACAGCAUCAUGAGCACCACGUCCACCCGCUCUGGAUCUAGUGACAGCAGCUACGACUUCCUGUCCGCUGAAGAGAAAGAGUGUCUGCUCUUCCUGGAGGAGACCAUCGGCUCACUGGACACUGAGGCUGACAGCGGACUGUCUACUGAUGAGUCUGAGCAGGACACAGCUCCCCAAGGCCCCCGAGCUCUGCCCAUAAGCCAGCCUGCUCCCCAGGGAUAUCCAGGGGAGAAGAUCAUUCAGCAAGAACCAGAGCAAAAGAGAGGGACUCACCCCAGCUCAACCCAUCUUCCUGAGCUCCAAGACCUGGGCCUCAGGUCUGGGUCCUAUAGCCUUCCCAGAAAUAUCCACAUCAGCAUCAACCAGAACCUCAGGAAAAGCACCACUCAGACUCAUAGCCACAGCCCGGGGGAAGUGGAGGGCCUUGUCCCGGAGCCUGAGACAGAGCAGGUCAGCCAAAGCAGUGAGCCCAGCCAGGCUCUUGCCAGCCCCCAGCCGCCUGCCCCAGCCCUGGACACAGUGCCCAUCCCUCCACCAGAGGCUUUCCGGGAUACCCAGCCCGAGCCACAGCAGCUGCAGGAGCGAGGCCGCCUGCCCACAGGGCCCAGGCAGCAGACACACACGUCACUCAGCCCCCAGGAGAGCAAGGAGACUUCCUCAGAGGCCAUGUCCCAAAAAGCCAAUGAGGAAGGCUCAACAUGGGGCCCAGGACAGCCUAGGCCUCCUCCAGCCACUUCCACCUCGUCUCAGAAUAUGAGAGCUGAAGAUGCUCCUGUCCCAUCAUGGGGGGACCCCGGUGCCCACCUGGCCCCCCUCACAGCUUCUAAGCCCCGGAAACUGCCCCCCAAUAUCGUUCUGAAAAGCAGUCGCAGCAGUUUCCACAGCGAGCCCCAGAACUGGCUGGCCCGCCACGCCGAGGCCGGCCCUGGAGACCCGGGCCUGGCCCCGUCCUCACUGCAGGAGCAGAAGAAGGCACGCCGAGAAGCACUUGAGAAGCUGGGGCUACCCCAGGACCAGGACGAACCCAGCCCCCACUUAAGUAAACGCACCAGCUCCACCCGGCUCCAGGCCCCCCUUCCGACUCCAGCACCAGUUCGGCCUGCGGUUCCAGCUCAGGGCAGAGCCGCGGCACCUGCUGGAGGAAAGGCUCCAGCGCCAGCUCCGCCGCGGGGAACCGCCCCAGGGAAGGCUCCGACUCCCACUCCAGCUCAGGGGUCUCCUCCAGGCAGAGGUUGGAUUCGAGCCCAGGAACCCACUCCAGGGAAGGUUCCAGCGGCCAAAUCCGUGCCAAUUCCUAUCCCUAAGGCCCCGGGGGUAAGUAAGCCCCUGACUCAGCCAAAGUCAGACUCAGGGUUGACUCUGCAGGAGAGCAACAUCCCGGGCCUGAGACAGAUGAACUUCAAGUCCAACACUCUGGAGCGCUCGGGCGUGGGGCUGAGCAGCUACCUCUCGGCUGAGAAAGACCCCAGCCCCCAAACCAGCACCUCUCUGGGCAAAGGCUCCUUCUUGGACAAGAUGUCUCCUAAUGUCUGGCGUAACUCACGGCCCCGCCCUGCCUCCCUGGGCACGGGGAAGGACUUUGCAGGCAUCCAGGUGGGCAAGCUGGCCAAUCAGGAGCAGGAGCAGAGCAGCAGGCACCUGCCCUACCCAGGACAGAGCCCUGACAAGCUGCCUCGACCCCCCUACGUCAGUGUCAGGAUCUCCCCAAAAGGCAUCCCCAAUGAGCACAGAAGGGAAGCUCUGAAGAAGCUGGGACUGUUGAAGGAGUAGUCGCCGGCCACCCCACAGCCCCCGCCUCACCCCUGACAAACAGGAGGAGGUUCGGGGCCUUUCCCCCACAACAGCUCGGAGCUUGGGCACGAGCAGGCUUCCCUCCAGUGCGCUUCUCUCUCUGAGGCAAAGGGCAAGGAGAGAUGGGAUUCCAGACACACACAUACGUUUAUAUUCAGAGUGAUUGUGCCAAUGAGUGCCUGCCCAAAUCAUCCUGAAGAUGAUUUCCACA